CAAAUUGCAUGUCAUAUAAUAUAAGCUUGAAGCUACUUUAGUGAAAACAAUGAGCCAGGAACAGCAAAGGCGCCCCGAAGAAUCUGACCCCAUCAAAUACGGCGACGUUUUCAAUGUCUCCGGCGAACUCGCGGAGAAGCCUGUCAAACCCGAAGACGCCGCCAUGAUGCAGAGCGCUGAGACCCGCGUUCUCGGCAAGACCCAGCCAGGAGGAGCAGCAGCAACCAUGCAAUCCGCCGCCACCCUGAACGAGCAGGCUGGCCUCGUCGGACACCAUGAUGUCAACGAGGUCGCCGGAGACCGCGGUGUCACCGUCACUGAUAUGCAAGCCCCCGGAAGACGCAUUGUAACCGAAUCAGUUGGUGGACAGGUUGUCGGGCAGUAUGUUGAGCCGACACCGGUUCAGUCUAGCCGGGCCAGCGCGGUUCGAGAGAGUGCAAUAACCAUAGGGGAGGCGCUGGAGGCUACCGCGCAGACGGUGGGGAGCAAGCCGGUGGAGCAGAGUGAUGCUGCCGCAAUACAAGCGGCUGAGGUGAGGGCAACCGGGAGCAAUGUAAUCCAGCCGGGAGGUUUGGCUGCCAUGGCUCAGUCGGCGGUGGCUUUCAAUGCUGGGUGCCGGAAUCCCCAAGAUAAGAUCAAGCUGGCCGACAUCCUGACCGGCGCCACUGCGAAGCUGCCGGCUGACAAGGCUGCUACGCACCAGGAUGCUGAAGGAGUUGCGAGUGCGGAAGCAAGGAACAACACCGGUGGAACCACCCCUGGUGGCGUUUCGGCUUCUGUGGCUGCAGCUGCUCGGCUCAAUGAGAAAGUUAAUGUGUAAUAUAAUACAAGGAUAUAUGAAGUUGGGGUUGGUAAUGGUAUAGUACUCGUUUCUAGUACUCUUUCUGUGUAUAUGUAUUAGGGUAUGUUUUGGGUUUUAUAGGUACUUUCAAGCAUCAGACUAAAUAUAUUUUUGUUUGUUUGUUAGCUAGAGAGCUUUUGUGAUCAUAUAUGAUCAUAUCAUGUCUGUAGUAGUCACAUGUUGCUUGCUUAAUAUCUAAUCAACUAUUUGCCUCUA